CGUAUGUUCCUCACGCUCUGGCUUUUAAACGAACGUACGCCAUCAAGAGAUGCUCGUUGAAAGACUGCAACCUGCCCCAGGACUCAGAUGGAUUGUCCUCCUGUCCAACAGAGGUGGUCGGGACUCUGGUUCCAGCACAGGAGCCAUCCAGCCUUAGUGUAACAGAGACUCUGUUUCAACGAGGCAACAAGGAUACACAGACAGAUGCCAAAAUUACUCAACAGGUGCAGAGGGUGGUCCGCAAGCAAGCCAAGCAGAAAGACCUGAAGAGGCUUCACAAAGCUCAGAUGAUCCAGAGGCUUCUGCAGCAGGUGGAGGAGAAGCAGAAAGAGUUGGAGCAGAGGGGCGUGAAGGUGGAAAAAGCACUGAGAGGAGAAGCAGAUGUGGCAGAUCUGGACAGUUCCACCCUCAUGCAGCAAUGGUUCCAGUUGGUCCAGCAGAAGAAUGCUCUGGUGCGAUACGAGUCCAAGCUGAUGAUCUUUGCUCGAGAGUUGGAGCUGGAGGACCGACAGAAUUGCCUGUUGCAGGACCUCAGGGAGCGGGUGGCUGUGGCUGACCAGUUGAAGGGGGAGGUGGAGCUGCAAGAGGAGCGCAUGAUCCUGGAGGAGAUGCUGGAGGUGGUGGAGCAGAGACAUUCUCUGGAUCAUCAGCUGGACUGGGACCUGGACACCAUCAUGCUGUCUCAAGAAUUAGACCUCCACUUCUGCGCCUGAACCUGAACCAUGGACUGG